AUGCUGAACGUUGCUUCGCCAUAUAGAAGUGGAAAAUGGCAGUUGCCAACAAAACCUCUGAGGAGGAGGGCCGCCGCCAAAAUACAAAGCUGA